AUGACCGCUGAGGAAGAUCCUACACAGCAUUUGCACCGUGAGAUCUUCAACACCCUCCACCAGUAUGCUUUCCUCUGCGCUGUUGCGGGUAAUCAUUCGGCUCUAGUGCCCCUAGGAUCCAUCAAAGACGAUAUCACUACCCUUCUCGGCAACUAUAGCCUUUCACAGAUACAGGUGGAGGUGAUCAAUGGGGACCACUUUUAUGUCCCUACUUUGUUCCCGAUUCGCUCAACAACUGAGCUUGCCAUUGCGUUUCAUCAUCUUAAGGAUGAGAUCGGCUUCUCGACAAGACUCUUGGAACAAAAUGGCAACGGGUUUGAUCCGGUUGAUUAA